AGCUGACCAAAAUGGCCUCGGAUAAUCUGCGGUACAAGUUUCUACGGUUCGUUCAGUUCGAGGAGGCAUAUACGUUCUAGCAUUCAACGCAGGCUCUUCUCCGUUUCCGAUAUCACCAUUCCAAUUCAGAAUUUUCUCAACUAACUGAUCUCGGAUCGAACUGACAACCGUAGGCUCGGUGCUUCAAAUCGAAUCGAUUCCGUACUUCUUAUGCAGUUCAUACUCUCUCUUGGAUUCCCCGAUCCUCACUUCGAUUUCUGGUUAUAUUGAGCUUUAAAGGAGACAUGAGUGAGGUAUUCGAAGGAUAUGAGCGUCAGUACUGUGAGCUUUCUGCGAAUCUGUCCAGAAAAUGUCACUCGGCUGGUCUUCUUGCAGCUGGAGAGCAGAAGAAGCAACAGGUUUCUGAAUUAAAAGAAGGAUUGGACGAUGCUGAUGUUCUGAUACGAAAAAUGGACCUUGAGGCUAGAAGUUUGCAGCCAAGCGUAAAGGCUAUGCUACUUGCAAAGCUUAGGGAAUAUAAAUCUGACCUGAAUAAUUUGAAAAGGGAAGUUAAAAAGCUCACAUCAGGUAACUCCAGUCAAGCUGCCCAUGAAGAGUUGCUAGAAUCUGGAAUGGCAGAUACACAAGCGGUUUCUGUUAAUCAAAGAGAAAGACUGGCUAUGUCAACUGAGAGACUGAAUCAGUCUAGUGAUAGAAUCAAAGAGAGCAGAAGAACUAUGCUGGAGACAGAAGACCUUGGUGUCUCGAUCCUUGAAGAUUUGCAUCAGCAACGUGAAACUCUCCUUCAUUCUCAUAAGAAGCUUCAUGGUGUAGAUGAUGCCAUUGACAAGAGUAAGAAAGUGUUGUCUGCCAUGUCUAGAAGGAUGACACGGAACAAGUGGAUCGUCUGCUCCAUAAUUGGAGCACUUAUCCUUGCAAUUAUCUUAAUCUUAUAUUUCAAGAUUAGUCACCAUUAAUUGGCCCGACCAAAAAAAUUGAAACAUUGUAUACAUGUUAUUACUUAUCUCACACAUUUGUAUUGUAUUCCAUAUAUGAAUCUUGCUGUUGUAAUUACUGUUGACAGAUACAGGCCAAGUCUAAAAGUUACCAGUCGUUUUGUACGUUACUCUUUACAUUUUCAAUUGUCAUAUUGUAUUUGUUAUUCGUUCAUUCAUUGCACAUGUCUAUUAGUUGGCACGAUAUGAUAGGUUGGGUUUGUUAGUUUGUUAUAGAUUUUUAGUAUAUAUGCUUGACA